AUGAUUAGCCUGCUGCAUGACCGUGAUAGUGUGGCAUUCUCCGAGGAUGAAAUCGGGAACCACCUCAGGCACAUGAUUCUCGAGUGGAAUUUCAACGUCAGCCAGAUUUUUGAGAUCAAGUGGGCAGACGGGGGAAACCUCCAUGGCUUUUGGAGGAACAAGAGUCGAAAGGGAGCAGACUCGGGACUUGUCUUGCGGUCUAUCAAACAGAUCCUGGGCCUUUCCCAUGCGUUGGAGGACCUCCAUGUGAUGAACUGCCGCUACAGACACAUCAAACCGGGUAAAGUUCUCCAUUUCUUUGAAGAUGGUGGCGACGGCGGCGUUCAGCCCGCUGAUCUCGGGUUUGCUAAAUUUCACAGUCAAAGCACCUCAUUAAGGCAAGACCCAACCGGCACCAAAGCCUCGACAUGCGCAUACGAACCGCCCGAAGUAAAUGAGCUCAAUCAUAAAUUGAACCCGAGAUCACGAAUCUACGACUCCUGGUCCAUGGAUUGCAUCAUCCUGGGGUUUGUGGUAUCUCCCAGCUUCUAG